AUUGGGCAAAGGAAGCCCAUCCGCUGCACAGUCCACACAAGUCAUCUACCCAGCCUCCUGGUGCGCACCUACAAAUACAUACUCAGUAUGCGCGCUUUUCUGAUGAUAUGCCUCCUGGCUGUGGCACGUGGUCAGUACGACUACACUCCAGUGUCGCAGGCCGGAGACGGGCACGGAGGUCUGAUAUCUGGACCCAGCACCGGAUCUGCCCAGCUCUCCGAGCCCAUAGUCCCUGCCAACGAGUUCACCAAGGAGUUCUUCACAUACAGCGCACCGGAGCAGGAGUUCGACAGCGGCCACUCUAACGAGCAGAUCGCCAACUUGCUCAAGAAGAACCUCCGGGUGCUGUUCAUCAAGGGUCCCGAGAACAAGGGUCUGGAGCAGGCGGCGCUCCAGCUGGCCACCUCUGCGUCCGAGGACCGCACCGCCAUCUUCGUGCUCAACAAGCAAGCGGACAUUGGCGAGCUGACCACUAAGCUCAACCAGAUCAAACAGCAGACCAACCACAAGCCCGAAGUCCACUUUGUGAAGUACCGCACCCAGGACGAUGCGGAGAACGCCCAGCGGACUAUUCAGGCCCAGUACGACUUGCUGCCGGGCAGUUCCAGCAACCACAACGCCGGAUCGGGACCUGUCUUGGACUUUGCCUCCAAGAGUACCUCCUCCUAUGUGCCACCUGUCGACGGCACUGCUGGCGGUCUAAGUGCACCAUCUACCAGCGCUUACUUGCCACCCCCCAGCCGAAAGUUUUAGAUUUAAGAACACUAGUGUAAUCUGUAUGUAGCUAAUUGUAAAUAAAAACAAGUCUAGACAGCCAA